AACUACCUUCAGUGCAUAUUAAUGUUAUGCUGAUUAGUUAAAAACGUUAUUUUAAUUAAAAGGUCAGCGAUUUCAGUAAAAAAAAAUCUCUAUACUCUUUGCAAGAGUAAAACUAUAUAAAGCAUUAUUUCCAUAGAAUUUAAUAAUCAUAAAAAAAUGGAUGAGAGAGAAGAUCUAGUCACACGUUACCCAACCGUACAUAAUUUUGUGGAAAUAUUGGCGGCUAUAACGGGCAAGUUACGCGACCAGAAACAAGAAAGCAGUACGACCCCCUCGGAAUACAUUAAACAGAUGUUGAUGAGUACUCAAGAGAGAAUCAAUUAUUUGCUGAAACCAGGCCGCAGUAUAAAUGUACGAUCUUUGUACAGCGGUUGGGAAAGCCAGUGCUUUAGAGUCUCGCCCAGCAUUGUCCUCUUUCAGCGAUUCGUUCCGGGCAAUUUGUACAAUAUAAUGCUCACGAUUCAAAACGUGACAAAGAUGUCACGGCCCCUGAAGCUCUCGCACGACCCCGAUCCUUUCUUUUCCGUGGAAUAUCACGGAUCGAAUUACAGCACUAUGGUGGCGCCAGGACUCGUUCACAUUUAUAACGUCAGGUUCAGCCCGUCGGAGAGACGGGAUUACGAGUAUCGUGUCGAGUUUAUCAAUGAUACCGAGGUCUUCGCGGUGCCGGUAAUCGCCAUCGGCCCAAGACCUAUUCUGGACAUUCCCGAUCGGAUCGAAAUACCGGCCACUGCGGUAAAAAUUCCCUCCUCGAAGACUAUUUUGGUACGCAAUGUAGGAGAUGCGCCGGCGAUCUUUAAUUUUUGCCCAGAUAGUUCGUAUUUCUCAGUUGAACCCUCAAAAGGCAUAUUAGGGGAAGAAGAAACGAUGCAACUCACUGCGAACUUUUUAUCCGAAAAAUCCGGCGAUUUUGAAACAAAUCUUUUCCUUAAUUAUGAAUCAGGAGAAAAGCUCUGUUUGACAUUACGUAGUUCAGCAAUGAAUUGCAUGAUUCGAAUUGACAGAGGUAGUAUCAGAAUGGAAGACACUUAUUUAAGCUUAUCCAGAAGUAAAGUUCUAACGAUACACAACAGAAGCGACUACGUCGUGAAAUUCCAAUGGAUGCGCUAUAAAGACAAGGAUACCGACAUACAACGCAAAGAAAAAUACAAAAACCUAUUUCAACUGGUGCGUAAUGUCGAGGUGGUGCGUUGUGUCAGUCUUGUUCAUUACAAUAUUUGCCUGCCAGAUAUUCACGAGCUUGUCUGUCAGCGGAUUUACACGGACGAGAUCGCUUCGUUGACGAAUGAGAAUUUCCGCUACAAUCACAUGUCUUUCCUUUUUACGCCCGAGGAAGGUGAAAUUUGGCCGCAAUCUUCUAUAGAUAUCACGGUGAUUUUUCAAGCCAUGGAAGUAGGCGAGAUAUCGAGCGUCGCUUAUCUCGAAGUCACGGGCCGCGAGGACAGGAUACCCCUGAGCCUUCACGGUACUGGCAAGGGACCAGUUUUCCAUCUCAAUGUGAUCACUGUCGACCUUAGCAAUAUCUUUCUGUGCUCCGUGCACAACUACGAGAUUGUGGCAGCAAAUAAGGGGCAUAUUUGUGGUACGUUAGUACAUAAAGCAAGACCCACAGACUUUGGUGGCACCAUUAAUAUUACUCCGUGUGCUCAAACAUUAAAACCGGACGAGUAUAAGUCGUUUAAUUUAUCAUUCUCUUCAAAUCGGAAAGGAGAUUUCGUAGAGCGAAUCGACUUCGUCAUUAAAGAGAGUUUAGAAGUAUUAUCCUUGCAUAUCAAAGGAUGCGUCAUAUGUCCAACACUACAUUUCGACAGGCAUGGCCUUGAUUUUGGCGCAGUUGCCUUAGGAUUUAGCGGAAGACAAGAAGUAAAUCUUCGUAAUUUAUCUUUGGUACCCGUUGCGUUCGGUGUGACUAUAAUGGAGGAUGGCGAUCAGGCACCUCUGACUUACGAAGAGUUCGCUAUAUCUCAAGUGAAACCAAGUUUUCCGAUUAACCCUCGCGAGUUUACGAUUAUUCCGCAGAAAGGAGUGGUGCAGGCGCAUAGUUCGCUUAAAUUAAAGGUAACAUAUUUAGCGAACGUGAUUCGAAGUGGGCGGACGAAUAUGCGAGUCGACAUGUGGAAUUCAGAUUCGGAUCCAGUAAUACUGCCGCUCUCAUUUUGUGGCGCUAUUCCUUCUCUAUCGAUCAAACCCGCGGAGAUAAACAUUCGAUUUUCAUUUAUCAACUUGCCCUACGCUCGUUCCAUUAAUGUGGAAAACGACUCUGAUUUAGAUGGAUAUUUUUAUAUAGUACCGCAGAUGGUAUCUGAAAAUAUACCUAUCGUAUAUUCACUAUCAACCAACCAAGGUUUUCUCAAAGCACGACAAUCGAAAACGAUCGACGUCACGAUUAUUACAAAAACUGUGGGCAAGCAGACAACAACAUUAAAUAUGCUGACAAUGGGUCAACAAACUCCAGUUACGUCUUGCGCGAUUAUUUGCAACGGCCAAGGACCAGUAGUAUCCGCGCAACCUAUUUGUCUCAAUUUCGGGGAUAUACAAGUGCUUCAAGAUAAAGUUAUGCAUUUUCACAUAAUCAACGACUCACCGAUACCAGCGCAAUUUAAAUUAACAUCGCCUAAGAAAAACUCAUUGUGGCUCGUCGAGCCAAGUUUCGGUGAAGUUGAACCGAAUGCGUCUGCAAAGAUUAUAGUCAAACUAUUUUUGCGCGACACUGGUAAAUACACUGAUAAUAUAAUCGUGCAUGUCAUCAACAGUCGGUCGUUUUCCGUUAAUAUGAUUGCGACUGGAAUCGGUUGCAACAUCGUUUUCGAGCCGCAGAUAUUUCCAAUAUUCGACAUGGGUUUUCUCUUUAGCCAUCAAAAUCUGAGUUUACCGAUAACCAUGAAAAAUUUUGGCACACGUCAUUGCCAAAUAAUGUGGUCAAACGAUCCAGAAGUGCGCAUUCAAAAAAGCCAAACCUACCCAAAAAAGUUUCAAAUAGAACCAUCCACCGUAGAAGUUCCAGCUAAUAGUUCUAACGUAGUUCAAUGCAAAAUAUGUUGGGAUGUAAAUGAAAUCUUGGUGGAAGAUUGGUACAUAUUUGAGCAGAUUUUUGGACAAGGAAAACGAAAAUUAAUUGGAACCUCCACAUUCAAAGCUACUUUUACGGAGCCACGGAUUGCGUUCAACAAGAGAGAGUUAACAUUUCGUAUUGAUAUUUGUCCCGAGGGAGAAGAGUUGCAACAGACAGAUGAACUAAUAGUGACAAAUCAAUCGCGAUUAAGUUUAAACGUUUUACUGUACACUGACCCUCCCUUUUAUUUGAUGAACAAUCAAAAAAAGUUUGUACAAAAAAAGAAAAUUGUUUUGACAGACGGAACUAUCACGACGAUUCCGAUAAAAUUUUCGCCAAAUAUAAAUCCCGAUAAUCCUUAUUCGCAAAGUUAUACAGGCGCGCUCUGGUUCGAAUAUGACGAGCAUCCUAACAAGGACAAAAUUCAAUGCACAGGUGCGGUAAAUUUCCCGAAUAUUACGUUACAUUGCAAAGAUUUGAUUAUUAACUGCAUAUCGGGUUCAACCGCCAAAGGAACAUUCAAAAUGAUUAAUAAUGGACCAAUUCCUGUAAUAUAUAAAUUUCUGUGGGCCGGAGAGAGUAUUGAGAUUCAACGUGGAGCACAUGAUGUUGGAAAUUUCACAAAUCAUUUACAACUACAGAUUAACACAAAAAACAAUAAAUUUAAUCCUCAAUCCUAUAAGAUUAACAAAAAAUCGGACACUCAAAAAACUGAAAAUAAAUCCCUCGAUUUAUCAAUUUCAACAUCAUAUAAGCUACAAGAUUCAGAUUCGAAGAAUUUGCUAAUGGAAAUUCGACCCGAAAUGCUAGACGAAACGCUCGAAAAAUUAAGAAACAUUUUUAUGUCAACGACAGAAACAUCCUAUCUACGAUGCUUAGAUGAUCCAGAUAUUCUUGCUCUAAUAGAUUCCGAUCUCGAGCCUCCUACGAAGGAGUUACUCGAUGAUAUACUCGAUAUCAUCCCACACGAGGGAGUUCUCGUGCCAUACUCCUCGCAAUAUGUGCGCAUCAUCUUCCACGCUUCCGAGCCUAUGCAGGUCAAAGUUGCCGCGCUUUGUGAAAUUCUUCAGGGACCUACUGAAGUAGUUAAUGUGUUUGCCAAUGCAGAUGUCGUUCGAUAUUCCGUUGACAGGCAGGUCAUCGACUUUGGUCAACAAUUAUUCGGCGAACUAUGUCGGUCGAGCUUUACUUUGGAAAAUCAUAGCACGAUAUUCCUGAAUUACAAAAUAAACAAGAGGAAUUUAAUAUCUAAAAUAAGCAGUGGCGAUUCUACAAUCGACGUAUUAAUAAUCGAGCCUAAUAAAGGAUCUAUCAAUCCCCUAUCAUCAUUGAAAAUUACUAUCGAAUUCCAACCCAUAUUGCUCGGCGCUUUCGAGAUAGAGUUUGAGCUGCAAGUGGCUCAUGUAGAUCCAUUGAUAAUUACCGCAAAAGGUGUUACGAGUUACCCACAAAUUUAUCCCUACAUCUCGCGCGUUUUUUCGAAGCAAUACCCAGCGGAAUUGGGAUACCGGGCAAUCCAACUGCUAAGUCCAAACUAUAUCGCGACGAAGAAACAAGUAAUAAGAACGCAAUAUAAUGAGUACGAUGAGAAGCCAAAGAGUCCAAUACCCGAAUGGGACGAGAGAAUCUUAUUAAAUGAUGGAUGGGAUUUAAUUUCACAAAAUGAGGAAAUACUUCCCAGUAUUGUCGACAUCGAGAUGUCAAUUGACAGACUUCUGGCGACUCGAUUUAUCGAAGAAAAUGCUACUUUGAUAAAACAUCCCAUUCCGCAUAAGAACGCUGUUAUUCCUUCUCUCUAUACUCCUACAUAUAUCAUAGACAUGGGUUACAUUGCGAUCGGUCUUAAAACGUGUUACACGACAAUGAUUGUCAAUUAUGGGCCUUGGAACGCGGAUGUUACAAUAAAAAAAUUAGAAAAGAAGCAACUUGAAAAUUUUGGCAUUCUCGUACAAUUUGAGAAGACAAUGUUAGCUGUCGGAAAAAUUGCAUAUCUGACUAUUAUCUGGCAGCCGACAACGGCUAAAUAUACCGAAAGAAGCACGAAAGAACAGCAUUCGAUUUAUUUAGAAGUAUCCCGCGGUUCUACCAUUCCUCUAAUUAUAAAAAGCGUCAUUACUUAUCCAUUCGUAACUGUCAACACGAAAUUAUUAGAUUUUCGUAAUGUCAUCGUGGGAGAAUGUUUAAUGAUGAACGUUUUAAUGAAAAACGAAGGCUUUAUUGAUUGUUAUUGGGAAGCAAGGAUAUCAUUUCGUAAAAAACAAGAAGAUUGCCCAUUUUAUCUGAACUAUAAAUCUAAUCUUCUUUUGCCUGGUCAUUCGGACGUCAUCAAUGUUUAUUUCAAACCGCAUAAAACGUGUCACAUGGAGGCAAAUUUAAAAAUCAUCGUUAAAAUGGGUCUGGAAACGCAAAUGGUAACAUUGCUUGGUCAUGGAGUCGAGCAUAAAUUGCGAAUAAGCGAUCUCGACAUUAAUUUCCCAUCCACAGUACUUUUCACGGAAUUACUGGAGAAAAUAUUCACGAUCGAAAAUACGUGCAAUUAUCCCGUGGAAUUUUUCUGGCAUCAUCUCGACAGUCUCUUUCGAGAAGAAGAACAAAUCGCCGAGGCACUGACUCGUUACUACGGAGUUAAAGAAAUCCUAUUACCGCAUCGAAAACUCAGGGAGAGAAUACCGUCGUCUUUAAUGGAAUUCUAUAAUAGUCUCAUGAGCGAGAUGGCGCACGCUUUGUCGGCGGAAGUAAUCGAGGAAAAAAGUGCCACUGCGCUCAAUGAUGACGACAAAUUACUUUCAAGCGUGGAACGUAAGGGUAGAAUAAGAGCAAGAAAGAAGUCGUCCAGUACGUCAAGAUUAUUUGUCCAACAAUCCCCGACUCGGCGGGGAUCGAAAAUGAGUCUGCAAAAAGAUUUUCACGUGGACAGACGGAGACGGAAGAAAUCGACCGGUUAUUCAUCCACUUCCACGGAUACCGCAAAAAGGGAUUGCCCGCCCAUGUCAGUUGUUAGCGAACUCGACUUUCCUCGCGAAUCUCCAAUAUUACCAACAAGCGAUCCCGAGGAACUUCACAAUUUGCUUCUCUGCUAUAUAGAGACACUGCGCAAAGAUCCCAGUUUCCGCGAGAGAAUGAGGAACCCUGUAAAGGAAUUGUUCGACAGUCGCGAAACGAAAUCGAUUCCUGAGCUCGAUACUUCGCAACCGGCCAAGAAAGUUUGCAUUAUCUUUCACGGCGCGCCAUUUACCGAAUACCAAGAAACCGCGUGCAGGAGCGCUAAGGCAUUGCAAGUGUCGCUACUGUGCAUAGACAAUGAAAUUAUCAGAGGCAUUGCGCUUGGCGACAAUUGGGUUUCUGUUAAGUUGCGACAGAUCGUCGACGACACUUAUCAAGAAUAUUUGUUAGCGUUCGAGAGACAUAAAGAAAAUAUGGGAACUAAACUGUUAGCAGCAAAGAAAAUCGAUGUCGAAGUCGCGCAACAAGAUCGUGAAACGAUCGCAAAAAAGAGAUCACCUAUCACUAAUCAAAUAAAAUCACCAAAGCUAAAUAAAAUCACAAAAGCUAAACCUGAUUUAGAAAUGACGAUGGAAAUCAAUGGAUAUUCAGAGAGUGAUGAUCCACCUCAGGAAUUUCCAUUUGAGAAAGAACUCGCGAAUAUUCCAAGAGAACAAGAUUUGAAAUUUUUAGAUGCUAUAAGUCUGUACGAAUGUAAAAUCCAGACAAUUUUGUUAUUGCAAAAAGUUUUUCCACGUUAUACGACAAUUGAAUCAAAAGUCAGUGAGAAAAAUCAGGAUUCCGAUACUUUCCUCGGAAUUGAAAUUGACUUAUUAAUCGAAGUUCUUAGAGAAAGAUUGUCGUCACCAGACUUUAAGAGCGGUUUCGUACUGCAAACUUUAAACAAUGUCUUUUUCAAGAGCGACGUUACCACGCUGCUCGUAUUACUCAACAUCAUUGGACACGUAGAAUAUUCAUUGUUUAUAACUUUUCUGAACUCAAUGGAUACUUAUACUCGAAAAAUUGAAGAAUUGCGAAAAUUAGAAGCAAAAAAACUAGAGGAAGAAGUUGCUAAGAAAAUUCAAGAAAUUGAUGAAAUGUCAUUAUCCGAGUACGAGCUACUUCCAGAAGAUGACAAGAAGUUCUACCUGGAAUUAACUUUACCAAUAAAGAAACAAGAAGUGUUGCAAAGGCAAACGCAAUUUUUACAAAAGAUCACUGAACUGAGAAAAAGAAAAAAAUUUUCUCAGCAAGUACCUAACAGUCAAACCAGUAAGAAUAAAAAAGUAAAUAGAAAGGCAAAGAAUGAAAAAGUCAGCGAUCCAGAGGAAAAAUCUCAAACUUCUAAAGCGCUCACCAACAAAAAAGAAAUUCAAGAUCAUAAAGAGCUCAAAAAUAAAGAUAGUUCUAAAUCAGUUUCAGAAAAGCAAGAAAUGUCAAAAGAAUUGAAAAAUAUUGCUGAUGCUAUGAAUGAUUAUUAUAAUCGUCUUUCAGCCAUAGAAAACAUCAUUAAAAAUUGGGAUCCUUUGAAAAAAGAUACAUUAUUUGAGCCACAAAGCAAAAUUUUGAAGACUGAUAGACCAAUCGAUACAAAAGACAAAAGUUCAGAUGUCAGUAAAGAGACUUACAUAAACGGAUUUCAUAUUUGGUAUGUAAAUGCGACAGAUCCAUGGAAUAGAGCGAUGUAUGACGUAAUAGUAAAUCAAAUCUACGAAAAUAGCUUAGCUAAAAAAGCUCUUCCUGCUGAGACCGUGCCGAUACUGGAUCUCGAAUCAAAGAGAUAUUAUAUUCUUAAGCCGCGAGGUAUAAGAAAACGUGAUAUUGAAGAUAAUGGAAUUUUUCAUAUCGUCUCACUAUCCACACUAUCCAACUCCAUGAUUAUGGAAACCAAUUCUUCACGCACUAGUGUGAUUAGUAAGCAAGCAAAUUCUGUAAAGAAUACAAAGCGCAAGGAGCGUAUCCUCAAAAAUAAAGAAUCAUUGACCGUUUCGCUAAACGCGUCUACGGUAGUGAGCACGGAUACUAAUGCAUCCGGUAUUAAUACGAUCUUCGAGAAGAUAUUAAAAUCACGAUGGAUUUUGCAACCUAAUGAAAUUCAGAAGUUCAAGAUUCGAUAUCAGCCUGAAGAAGCGGGAAUUCACCGACAGACAUACGCGUUAUCCAUCCUCGACGGCAAUAAUAUCACUUAUGAUAUCAAUGUUUCUGGCAUCGCGGAUGUCCCGAAACUGGACACGAAUCCUCAUACUAUUUUCUCAAAAAUAAAAGAAACAAAGGUAAACGACAUAAUCGAUCCCACAUACUUUUCUGAUGUUGGUAUCUACGACUUUGGGUCAUUACUGGUGUUUCAAAAGGAUAAAAGUGCUCAUCGUCGUGAGGCGAAAUUUAAGUUCUGCAAUGUAUCCAAAGUUAACGCAGAAGUAUUCUUCUCUCUCGAGGAAAAUAAUCCUGACAUUUUCAUUAUAGAACCAGAGAAACUUUAUAUUCAGGCUGGACAGUGUGAAUUGCUAAAAAUAUCAGCUGGCGUUACAAAACUCGGUUCAUUUAGUGAUAAAUUAUAUAUAUGUAUCACAAAUAAUCCUCACAUUGAGUCAAUCGAGCUUCGAUGUAAUGGAUCCAAAUUGGACAUAGAGUUUGAGAGCAAACAAUUGUCUUUUGGUCAAGUGCUCUUGUAUAGAAGAACCUGUCUUACUUGCUCUAUCCGAAAUAGAUCUCCGAUCGAGAUAUUUUGGCAUUUGCAAUCUAAUGAACCAUUAGAUUCUCAAAUCUCAAUUUCGUCGACUAAAGGAAUUAUCAAGGCCCAGAGUGAUCAAAAAAUUGAAUUCUGUUAUCACGCUAACAAGAUCGGGAUUAUCAAGGGAAACUUGACUUUCAAAGCUUUCUUUCACGAAGACGAUACAGAACCCAUUUUUACGGAAACCGUCAUUUUAUCUGGCGAAACGUACGACGUUGCUGUUGACAUUAAUUAUGCAAAUCCAAUUGACUUAAAGUACGUAAAGGUUGGCUUUCCCACGAGCGCAAAUUUUACAAUAAGCAAUCGAGGGGAUCACGAAGUUAAAUAUGCUAUACUUUUGGAAGAGCAAAACAAGCUAGCCAAAAUCGCGCCGAGUUUGCCACUAAAAUUGAAUGAGGACAUAGAAAUUAGUCCUGUUUCCGGUUCCGUUCAAUCAAAAAAAGAGGCUAUUGUACAAGUAACUUUUAUUCCAAAGAAUGAAAUUACUUUAAACAAAUGUCCAAUACUCCGAUGUCAUCUUCUCGAUAUAAAUAAAGCUGCUGUGAUUGCGGAAAUUCCUCUCACAGUUUCCCUAACUGCAUAUUACACAAGAUUUCGCAUUUAUCCCCAUAAUGAGAUAAAUUUUGGCUCGCUCGGUAUAUGCACGAAAAAAAUACUAUAUCUUAAUGUGGAAAAUGUUGGACAAUUUCCUCUGCAUUAUUCUAUUAAAACAACACCUGUCAAAUAUCCAUCCGCUGUCUAUAUGACAGAAAACAUAAUCAAAGAGGAUCAUGACAAAUCGACAGAGACGUCAACGAAAAAAGCUAAAUCGCGAAUCGAAAAAUCAGAUAAUGGAAAAGCGCAAGAAGUUACGACUAUGUUAAAAAUCGGUCCUUUUACUGUGACAAAAACCGAAGGAAAACUUCAGCCCGGGGAGACUGAUACCGUGGCAAUCGAGUGCUAUCCUGAAUUCGUCGGCUCUCAGGAAGAAGAUAUAAUAAUUCUCGUGCCCGACAGCGUUCAUGAAUACAGAAAUGGCAAAUUAAUAAAACUGUCUAUUAAUUCCUGCAUACCGAGUAUCGAUCUACAAGAUCUCGGCGCUAUAUUCCAUGAAAAUCACAUUGUGAAUCGCAUUGAAGACUUUGUUUGUUCGAAAGAAAUCGGCGCACACACCGUAUUUGCAUGUCAAGAGAAAUGUCUGUACUUUCGUUACGUCAGCGUAUUUCACACCCAUACGACGUAUCUCGUGCUUUACAAUCGGAAUGUUAUACCCGCCGACGUGGAACUGAUUCUACUCGCGGAUUCAUUUAUACCGAAAACUAUGAGACCUGACACUUUCGUUCUGACACCUGAAAGAGAACGCAUUCCGCCGAUGAGUCACAAGAGAUUCGCGAUUUCGUUCAAUCCGACAUUUAUAGAGACGUGUUAUGCAAUCUUCGAGAUAGCAGUUGAACUUCCCCCGCAUUUGAAGGAUGAAAAGUUUUUUGUUAAAUUAGUAGGACAAGCUUGCGUGCCAGAAGUGACAAUCAUCGAACCGCCGAGUGGCAAACGAGAACGAACUGUUUUAAAUUUUGGUCGUACGCUCGUAGGUGAUUCUAAUGGAAAAAAAUUCGCAUUUAAAAACAUCGGUGUGAUACCAGCUAAAGUGAUUAUCGAGAUUUAUGAGGAUCCAGAUAUUCUUUUCACUCUUCAUAUUUGCGAGGAAAUGAAAAACUUGUCAAGAGUGUCAAACAAUCAAUACAUCGUAGUUCGUUUAAUACCCGAGGAAACAAUUUCGCUUGAGGUAAAAUUUACGCCGCGAGAGAUCGGCAAGUACGAAAGUCAGGUGCGGUUAUUUAUCGCUGAUAAUCCCUAUGAGAAUCUAAUAAUCGAUUUGAAGAGCAAAGCGUACGCAGAAUUAAUCGUGCUAGACGGAUUAGAGCUUACGAAUACAAAGCUUAAUUCUGUCAUUGAAAAACGGGACUCUAAUGCAAAAUCACGAAGAUCAUCGAAAUCGAAUAGUACAGCAAGAGCUUUAACACCCACAACGCUCCCAGUUUCAUUGAUCUAUAAGCUGGAUUAUGGAUACUGCUUUGUCAAUAAGAUAUACAGAAAGAGCUUCAAAGUCGUCAAUAAAUCAAUGAAUCAAUACUUACGUUUCCAAUGGAGCGCACAUCCCAACGUUGUAUUUACUCCGUCCAUCGGUCAUCUCAAGCCACUGACUUGCAAGGAAAUCGUUGCGACAUUUCUUUCCUCGGAGCCUGCAAUUUACGUCGAUACGCGUCUCGAAUGUACGGUCUGUGCAAUUGAGCUCGCCGAUCCCUCGAAAGAAUCAUCCUGGGACGAUCGAGAGACGGAGGUGCGGUGGGUAGUAAUGAAUUCUGACGCUGGGGAGCAAGAGACAAAUACGGAAAUAGCCAAAAAAAUAGUCGAACCCGUUAACGAGCCGAGCCACGAAGUCGUACCUGGCACGACAAAGUGCAUCCAAGUGUUACUUAACGUCACCGUGGCGUUCUCCAAGUAUUCUUGUUCCGUUAAAGAGAUCAAUUUCAAGAACACGCUAAUGUUCCAGACGAGCGAACAUGCGUUUACUUUUUCAAAUACUGGCACCGUCGAUGUUGAGUAUGCGUGGCAGAUAAACAUGGACGAGCAGUACCCGAUGAGACCGAUCGCAAAUUAUUCGCAAGACACGUCAAGAUUGCAAAGAAAUGAUGCUCAAUCUAAAACUACCUUAUUAACGUCUCACGAGCCACCUCAUCAGCGACACAGUCCAAGUUUCGACGGGAGUGUCAAAUCGAAUCGUCGACAGCUCCUGUCGUCUCGAGUAAUUCGAAUGUAA